CCCAAACGCUUGAAAUUUCUGUCUAAUACAUCGUUCUGCAUCCGCAGCUGUGCGCCGGAAUGACUCAGAGCGAUUCAAUAUUGGUUUCAUGUGCUGUGUAACUAAGAACCCAUCCAAUGCUAGGAAAUACACGGGAGUCGUAGCGGAAUAAAUCGGCAUAGUAAGUCUGAAUCGUGCGAAACUCGACAUUCACUUAUUUGUAUAUAUUGACUUGCCGAGUGAAUAAACGAAGUAGUGUGUGUAGCGAAUCAUGUGUGUACGCAUCAACACUAGUAUAACAGGAAGGAUUUUACACUUUGUAGAUCGUUCGCGUUGAUAGCUAGAUAUGUAAACAAACCUAACAUCGAUUAAGAAUGCAGUAUUGCUUGAUAUAAUGGUUAUUUAUGUGAUGUGUGAUUUUGGAGAUGAGUGUCAUUGUGCCUCAAUGGAAUAUAAUUGUUUUAAUUUUUAGUGAACUGAUUAAUUAAUCUACAUUAUUUAAUAUGCUGCGUGGUAAUAAUUUGGAGGCAUUUGAUAUAAUGCAUGACGCGGUCUGUGAUAAUAUUAAUCAUGCACGUGUAUCACGUGCAGAUACAUGCACAUUCGAAAUGAAUCUACAAGGCACAAUGAAGUGCCUCUGUGGAUAUAGAUAUACCACGCCAUAUCCGACUCAAAUGUUAAAAACAUGUUUGCCUCGGAAUCUUGCUGUGAUACUGACAAUAUUAGUGGUGUGUAUCCUCGCGAUGACCCCCGUGGGAGGGGCUCCUGUUGAUUCCUACGAGGACGCUACAGACUGGUACCGGGAACGCGAGCAGAUGAUGGUGGGUUACCUAGGGAAAUUUGGCUACCUUGCAGAUGCAAGCAGAGAAGUUGGGCCGGUUGGUCUGACGUCAAAAGACGCUUACGUUGACGCAAUAAAGCGUCUUCAACGUUUCGGAAACAUUACGGAAACGGGUGUUGUAGAUAGGCGGACUAUAGAACUAAUGAAUAAACCCCGUUGCGGGGUCCCCGAUGAAAGCACUAUACCAACGUCGUAUUCCUUGACGUCUGGGUUUUAUCGUACACGUCACAGGCGUUACGUGCUUUCUCCGACAAAAUGGGAAAAAAAUGAUCUCACAUAUAGAAUAUUGAACACGACGCCGGACCUGAGCGCGGAAAAGGUGCGGCAGAUAUUGCGAGACGCCUUCCGGGUGUGGAGCAUCGUGACGCCCCUGACCUUCACCGAGGUCGUCCAUUCCAGCGCCGACAUCCUCAUCCUCUUCGCCGAGGGUAACCAUGACGACGGCUACGCCUUUGACGGAAAAGGUUCCGUGUUGGCACAUGCGUUCUUCCCCGGGGAGGAUAAGGGAGGAGACACCCACUUUGACGAGGCCGAAACGUGGACAUUUAACUCUUCCGAAGGUGUGGACCUGUUUAUGGUGGCGGCGCACGAGUUUGGACACGCACUGGGGCUGGCGCACAGCAGCAACACGGAGGCGCUCAUGUACCCCUGGUACCAGGGAUACACGGAUAACUUCAAGUUGCCCUUCGACGACGUGCAAGGCAUACAGACGCUUUACGGCUCGAAAUCCGGGACUCUUCCACCCACACCCAUACCACGCCCAAUACGUCCCGACGGCGGCAAUAAUGGUGGCGGGGGCGGUAGUGGCGGUGGCGGUGGUGGAGGCCGACCUGACGUUCCACCUGUAACGCCGAGACCACCAGUAGAGAACGAUAGUCCUUGUGCAGGAAAUAUAGACGCCAUUACAGUGAUUAGGAAGGAGAUCUUCAUAUUUAAAGGCUCGAAAUUCUGGAGACGUGGACCCAGCGGCAUCGGUUUAACGCCAACAGAGAUCAGCAAAUUCUGGUUCAAACUGCCUGAGGAUGGCGUCGACGCCCUGUACGAACGAGCGGACGGCAAAAUUGUUUUCUUUAAAGGUGACCGCUUCUGGAUGUACAACAGCAACCACAUGGUUUCCAACUUCCCUGUGGAGGGCCGCCGCCUCACGGAACUGGGGAUAGGGAGCAACGUGAAGAAGAUAGACGCCGCCUUCAUCUGGUCCUAUAACAAGAGGACCUACCUGGUGAGCGGAGACAUGUACUGGAAGCUGAACGCCAAUCAAGACUAUAUCGAGUACGACUACCCACGUGACAUGAGCAUCUGGCGCAAUGUGCCCGUGCCGCUCGACAGUGCCUUCCAAAACUGGGACGGGAACACGUACUUCCUGAAAGGGGACCAAUACUGGGAGUUCUACGAUACGAAGAUGCGCACUCGACACAAGGAAGGCCGCUCUAUAGGCGAGUUGCUCGGAUGCAGAAACGGUGAGAUGAAGGGAGACCUCGCCAUAGUGCCGGCGGAAGAGGGUCCUAUGGACGAUGAACCAACCAACGCCAUUCAAGAUAAUCAUCACUUGUCGUCGUCGUCGGCCUUUGUUAACUCGUAUCUGACUUUAGUCAAUAUCGCAGUACUUCUACUGUCAGUUUUAUUAUAGAUGUUGUUAUUAAGGCACACCUAAUUGUAAUUAUUUUAAAUAUUACCAUUUCAACUGCCUUUUUCAAAUGUUGCCUUCUGUUCUGCUGUGUUAUGCCGACUGUUAUGAUUGUUCGACUUCGAUGUCAACGCAUACAUCCCAGGCUAACCGAUUUGAGUUCUAGUUCUAAAUAUCAGAAGUUAAAAGGUAAAAUCUAGAUAUUGCUUCGGUUUGUAACUGUUCUUUGUAAAUUGUUGCUCAAGCACACUAAAUAUUUUCAUAAAAAUAUAUUAUCUGUUAUCGGCGUACAUAUACUUAGAAACACGACACAGAAGUAUCCAGGGGAAUAAACGACUCUCCCAUAUAAUCAGGAGCUAAACAAAGACAUGUAAGAUCGCGAUUAUUGACAACUCCGAGCAGCCAUUUUUUUCUUAUUAAAUGCUAUUGUGACAUAUAUCUCACGUUACAAGUUAUGCUUCAAGCACUGUCUCAGAGACUGAGUGUUGUUUAUGAACCUUUUUUGAGUUUGUGUACGUAUGUGUGCAGUGAACGAUGGUAUCACUCGUUAAUAAUACGAAGCGUGUGUUAUGCGAUGAAGUUUUACAAUAUUAGGAUAGUUGCAAACUCUGAUAUGAAAUUACUAUGCAUGCUGGUGGUUAAUGAAACGUAAUACAUGUAUACCGACAUCGUAACACGUGUGAAUGUGAGUACUUGUGUAAUAACAAUAUCUGAAAGUGUUCUUCUAUUUAUUAUUUCCUGUAACGUGAACAACUUUGUUAUGGUAUCAUUUAAAGAAAUAUUAGUGGAUAGAUUGUUUUAUCCAAGGUAAAAUGUACAUGUAUGUGGAAAAAUUACAUUACUUGGUUACCAGUAAGUGAUUGAUUGUUCAUAAAACGAAAGUAACGGAGUUACAGAUACAUUCAUUUGACAUUUACGUACAUAGUCUAUCACCUAAGCCAUAUAUAUCAUCUUGUUGCAGUAAUGAACUAACGAGCUGAUGAGAAAUAUCAUCCUAUACUCAAAAAGUACAUCUGAUCUGUUCUGUGCAUUUGCAACACCAUACACGAGAAGUUAAUAAGCCGUAAUAUGGGAAUUUAUAGUGCAAAAAGGGAACUAUAGCCCAGAUACACCGGUUGACAUGGAAACAAUUUAAUUCUUAAUCUCAUGAUAGAAAGCACAGACUGGUUAUUACAUCUCUAGGUAUCCGGAAAGUAAUUGCAUGCACCAUUUGAUGAUGAUGCCCCCUCCGGUGGUUAGUAUCUAUUAGUGGACACCAGGUGUUGAACGUGUUUAAUAGGUCUAAAAUGGUCGCUACAUUAUGAAUAGCUUACAUUUUCGGAAACACACACAAUUGUAGAAUUAAUAUUGUACGUGUCAUUAAAUGGAUGGGUCAUUUCAGCUUGUCCUUUCAUUUAUUGAGUUAAAUGCUUAAUGAGCCGGCACUGGAUUUCAAUACUCAUUGAAAAAUAUAGAGGUUAAAAUCUCUUACGCCUAUAGUUUUUCCUUAAACUAUCUUGGUUGAGAAUUCUUUGACAAUAACAAUAUAAUUUAAGUUGGUGCUUCAUUAAAAACAGGACGCAUACUUGUAUUUUAUCAUAGUAUAAGAAAUCGAACAUGGCUAACUUCAACAACAGAACUAUAAUCCAUUGGAAGUAGCGAUUACAUAAAAAAUCAUACAAAUGCGCUUAGAGCUGCUUUUUCAUGCUUCAUUUACUGUAAAUUUGAUGUGUAAUAAUAGAAAGUGGAAUUUUUAUCCAGUAUUUGACAUAACCAAACAUGUGCAAUACUUAUAGAUACUUUUCUGAAAUCCAAAUAUGUGAGAUCUAUAUUUCAUUGUUGUUUUUAAUGAGCAUAUUUUUUUUCUAUGCACACCCUUCUUAUUUAUUCUGUUACAUUUGAUACUUCCUUUUUGUGUAUAUUAAGAUUAAGUAUGUAAAUAGAGUGUUAAUGCGCAUAUAUUGUUCGGCCUGUUUUUUUUUUCAUUUAAAAACUGUGCUUUAGAUAGUUAACCGUAUUUGGUGAACGCUUUCGGCUAAUCGUUAUGCUGAUAACAUUUUUAAAUUAAAUAGUUGUUAGUUGUUGGUUAUGUUUGGCCUUUUUGGGAUAGCCUCGUCUGUGUGCUGGUUUAAGAUAAAUCUCAAUUUAUACCAUGUUUUAUAUGGUGUCGAAUGGAUAUAUUAAAAUCCAAAACACUAAAUAAGCAAAAAUAAUAAGUUGCACAAGAAAGAUAACUUGCGUUACUUGAUAACAAUAACAAAUAUUUGUGUUUUUAAGUUAAGUUAAUAAAUUAAUAAAGUGAUUGAUGUAUUUCGCGUAAAGUAGAUGCACGUGUAGACAUUCUUGUUUAUUAUUGUCACCACGUAUUGAAUGGUCCGAAAUAGUGUUAAGGAAAAAUCCAACCCAUUUGUCUUUGUACAUGUAUAUUUAUUUGUUUCAGUUUUGUUGUCUAUCAGUUUUGGCAUUUUUACUGUUUUGUUAUUGUAGUUUUUGUAUUUAAAAUCCCUUAUACAACCAGAUCGAAAGAUUUGUAAUACUGAUUUUGAAAACAAGAUGUCUGCAUAAUACUCGAUUUAAAUAAUGACAUUAAAGAAUGAAUCUGUGUCUUUUAAACUACAAGUAUGUUAGUAUAUAAAACAAUGAAAUUACUCAUAAAUGUAUCUAUGUAGAAACAGCACUAUUGAUAUAUUUGUAUGCAUGUAUUGACCAUUAUUUCAAAUAUGUUAAGCUCAGACUGCCCAGAUUGAUCUCCCCUGCAUUGUUGUCACAGAAUAUAUUCAUAAUGACAUAUGUCACGUGUUUCGAGCAUGUAAUAUAAACAUUUUGGGUAACUAUGAUAUUUGUAACGGGCAACUUGCUAAAUAAUAUUACAACGAUUAUAACAGUAAAAAACCCAUCAUUUGAUAAGUUCAUGUGAUGUAUAGGCAUGGCAAUGUACCUUUUUCACAUCAUGUGGUAUUAAUUUGACGAAGAAUGGUGAUUUGAAUACAUGUAGGGAUGCUUACAUACUUCUUCAUCUAUUUUUUGAUCAUCCGCGUUCUUAGACAACACAAAUAAAAAGUUUAAAUUGCCUUCCCUGUUUGGCUCUUACGCUUAGUAGCUUCAUGAAACUUUCAAAAAAAAAUGUACCAAACAUGUUUUAGCAUCUAUGAAGCUUUAAGUUACCUCAGUCAUAAAACAUAUAAAUGUGCAAAUUUAAAUAGUGGGGAAAAGAAGAAAAUAGUCUUAAAAUGAUUCUUUGAAAGUCAUGGUGAAAAUGGUUACCAAUGAAUGCCACUAGAAAAUAACUGGUGCGGUGGUUUCAAUUAAGUACACGAAAAUAGUCUGUUACAAGGCAUGUGAGAUCAUAGUGGUUAGUUUGAUAUGAGAUUAAUGAGAUUAUAUGUUCACGAAUAUGCUCAUUAUGAUUUAUUUGCCAUGUAUAUUCUCCUUUAUUUUCGUACUCAUAUUUUACAUAAGUAUGUUCAAAUCCGUACAGAAUAAAAAUAAAUAAAAAAUCC